AUGCGGAAAGCCGUCCGUGCGCUGCUGCUUGCCGCGCUGGCCGUUUUCGUCGACUCGGCGAAAGUGCUGUUCAUGCCGAGCACUCUAUAUCCCAUGCACGGCUACACCAUGAAAUAUUUGGCAGAUGAACUGGCACGGCGAAAUCAUGACAUUACCUGGUUGGAAUACGGCCCAGUACAGGUGAAUUUUGCAUUUCCAGAGCCAACUUCGGCAUUUAAUACGCCUGUGAAUACUAAUGUUUCAGUCAAAACGACGCUGCCGAAGGCAGUGAAACGAGUCUAUUGCCUGUGA